AUGGAUAUACUACGUCGACGUUUACUAGAUAGUACAACAAAACAAUCAGAUUUAAUUGAAAUAUUUACAGCAAUUGAUAGAGAUUGUUCUGGUCGAAUAAAUUUUGAAGAAUUCCGUGCAGCAAUCAAAUUACUUCAACUUAAUAUAAAUAGUAAUGAAGAAAUCAAGGAUCUUUUUCAACAAUUCGAUACAACACAUAAUGGACAAAUUGAUCUUUCAGAAUUUCUUCAACAAUUAAAACCACCUAUGAAUGAUCGACGACAAAAAGCUGCUUUAAAUUUAUUUAAUUCAAUCGAUGUUGAUAAAGAUGGACGAUUAACUAUUACAGAUAUUAAAGCAAAAUAUGCUGCACAAUUAAAACCUACUAAAAAUAAAUCAAGUCAAAGUAUUGAUAACGCUUUAAAAAAAUUUUUAAAUAAAUUCGAUACACGUGGCCAAGAAGAUGGUAUCAUUGAUCAAGAAGAAUUUCUUGGCUUUUGUGCAAUGCUGAGUGCAACGGUAAAAGAAGAUGUUUAUUUCGAACAUACACUUCGAACAUUAUUUGAUUUUCGUCUUUAA